CUUAUCAUUGUGGCGAAUUGCUUCCACAUUAACGUUGUGAUCGAAGGGAUUAAAUAUUCGUUACCGAAGAACGCGAGCGAGUUUUUGCGGUGAGUCGCGUAACCUUAUCAACAUUCGCGGUCGUGUGGCGAUAGCGAAAUCUGCAACGACAUAUACUAAGCCGCAAGAACGCGUCAUCGAUGAUUGACAGGACUCUUCACAGUGAUCUUCGACGCCGCGGAAUAUGCUGGCACUGAAUGCGACCGUCGUUAAUUGCUCCUUUAAACGAGCCCGUGUUCUUCAGAGUUUCAUAUCGAGACGCAAUUUAGCGGUUUCGAUUAAAUCUGAAGGAAAGAUGUCGUUCGUAGAUGAGAAAAAGAAAUUCUUAAACAUGCCACUGGAGGAGAAGAGAAAGUUAUAUAAAUCAGAAGUGAUAACUCUGGAUCAAAUUCCUAUGUGGCCAGAGUACUGGGAGAAGAACAAGUCCAACAUUGCCAAGAUGCUUGAAAAGACUGAAAAAGUUGACGAGGUCAUAGCUAAAAAAGUAUCAAUAUGGCAAGGAGACAUAACGUCACUUGAAAUAGAUGCAAUUGUCAAUGCUGCAAACUCGAGUCUUUUGGGAGGCGGUGGAGUCGACGGAGCUAUCCAUAGAGCAGCGGGACCAAAUUUAAAGAAAGAAUGUGCAACAUUUGGAGGAUGUAAAGUUGGCGAAGCUAAAAUUACAGGGGGUUACAUGCUGCCGGCUAAAUAUGUUAUUCAUACAGUUGGACCCAAAGGUGAAAAUCCAUAUAAAUUACGAGAAUGUUAUGCAAACAGUCUAACUCUGGCAAAAUGGAAUAAUUUGCGUACUAUCGCAUUUCCAUGCAUAUCGACUGGAAUUUAUGGAUACCCGCAAAGACCAGCAGCCAAAGUAGCUUUAUCGACAGUCAGGAAAUUCCUCCAUGAAAAUAAAAAUGUGGAUAAAGUUAUCUUUUGCUUAUUUUUAAAAACUGAUAAGGACAUAUACGAGGAACUAUUGCAGAAAUACUUUGCUCUCGAUUGAAUAUUAUCUAUUGGCAGGUUUUCAUAUUUACAUAGUCCUUAAUAUUAUUAUUCGUAUUUCAUAAAAUUGUAUUCAGAAGAUAAAUUAAUAUAAAAUAUUAAUAUAACAUUGAGUAUUUUAUACUAGGUUAUCUUAUCAUUACCUAAUUUUUAAAAUUUAACAAACUAAUGAUUUAGAUGUAGAAAGCUGUUGUUUAUUCCUUGUGGAGAGUUUCAAAAGGAAUAAAUUUGCAUCAUUUUA